UAGUUUGCAGACAGUGCCUAAGUGUGGGCGGGGCCUUCUGGGUAAUCAAACCGCUGUUUCUUUCACUUCGCAGUGAAACUAGAAAGCUGGAAGAGUUUCUGAGCAGAUUAUCAGCAUGGAAUAUUGUGGUCUUCUCAACCUCUCUAAGCAGCCAGUUCCUCUCAAGAGCAUCUCAGUAGAUGUGUCUAUCAAUCAGUUUGUGGCAGAUGUGUCUGCAACCCUGGACUACAAGAAUGAGGAAACAGGCCCUGUGGAAGCAUUGUUUGUGUUCCCCAUGGAUGAAGACUCUGCUGUUUAUAGCUUCCAGGCUGUGGUGGAUGGGAAGAAUAUAGUGGGAGAAAUCCGAGAAAAGCAGAAGGCCCAGGAAGAUUAUGAGAAUGCCAUCUCUCAAGGCCAGGAAGCCUUCCUAUUGGAGCAGGAUAGCAGCUCUGGGGACAUUUUCAGUUGUAGUAUAGGAAAUCUUCCCCCUGGCCAGAAUGCUACUGUCACCCUGAGCUAUGUUCAGGAACUGUCCCUUGAAGCAGAUGGGGCUGUUCGAUUUGUGCUCCCAGCCAUCUUGAACCCACGCUACCUUCUCCAAGAAUCAGCUGAGACUGAAAGCAUCACCUCUCACAUUUCCCGGAUUCCUGGCAAGGAGCUGCCCUACACAUUUAGUGUCAGCGCCAAUAUCUGCUCCUCUAAUGGCAUUGAGAAGGUCCAUUCCAGCUGUGCCCUGAGUCCCCUGAAGUACUUGGCAGAUGACAAGACAGUUGCCCAGGUUUCCUUGGCUGAAGGGCACAAAUUUGAUCGGGAUGUUGAGAUUCUAGUUUACUACGGGGGAAUAAACACACCCAGUAUCUCCUUGGAGCUUCCCCAAGCUGGUGCCAAACCAGGUUCCCUGAUGGGAGACACAGCUAUGAUGGUGAGUUUCUACCCUAGCAUCCCUGAGGCUGAGGGAGAGAGCACUUCUGGUGAAUUUAUCUUCCUCAUGGACCGCUCAGGGAGCAUGGCCUCACCACUGAAUUAUGAAAUGGGCUCCCAGUUACGCAUAGCAAGUGCCAAGGAAACUCUGAUCCUGCUGCUGAAGAGUUUGCCUCUUGGCUGUUAUUUCAAUAUCUAUGGAUUUGGAUCCACUUUUGAUUACUUCUUCCCAGAAAGUGUGGAGUACACACAGCAGACCAUGGAGGAGGCUGUGCAGAGAGUAAAGUCUCUUGAAGCUGACCUGGGAGGGACUGAAAUCUUGGAGCCACUGAAGAGCAUUUACAGCAAAUCCUGCAAACCAAACCACCCCCGGCAGCUCUUUGUCUUCACAGAUGGAGAAGUUUGUGAUACAGGUUUGGUCAUUGCUGAAGUUCGACGCCACAGCCAGAAUCACAGGUGUUUCUCUUUUGGAAUUGGAGAAGGGGCUUCUACCAGCCUUAUUAAAGGCAUUGCACGGGCAGCUGGAGGCACUGCAGAAUUCAUCACGGGCAAGGACAGAAUGCAGCCCAAGGCCCUUCGAUCCCUAAAGCGAGCCUUGCAGUCGGUGAUCCAGGAAAUCUCUCUCUCUUGGAUUCUACCUCCUGAGCUGGAGACCACCUUGCUCUCCCCAGCUCCUACUGUCAUCUUCCAGGGUCAGAGGUUAAUUGUCUAUGCCCAGUUGAAAGGAGCCAAUGCAUUUGAAGAGGCAGCAGGUGAGGUAUGUCUUGAGUAUACCUUCCAAGGUGAUGGCUUUAGGAGCACCAUGCCAUUCUUCCUGGAUCCCAAGGCAGAUGACAAACUUACCAUUCACCGCCUGGCUGCCAAGUCCUUGAUCCAGACCCUAGAAGGAAGUUCACAGGAUACUGCAGAAGAGAAGAAAAAAGUGGUGGAUAUCAGCCUCCAAUCAGGAAUUGUCUCCCCUCACACAGCCUACAUUGCUAUCAAUAAGGAGCUCAACGAGCCCAUUCAGGGGCCCCUAAUUCGGAGGGAUAUUCCAUUGGCUUAUAUGUCCCCAAGGGCAAUGAAGUUCAUGGCAGCUCCUAUGGCAUUUGGUAGUCCUCUGAUGACUCAAUCACUUUCCAGUUGUCUUGUCCAAGGAGGUCUGUGUGCUGAUGCUGGAUUUUUUGGACAUCCCUUUAAAAAAAAGAACUCUUCCAGGCAUGAAAAUUUCACAAGGUCCUUCUCACCUGAAAUGCCAUGUAGUUUCACUAUGGAAUCCGAUAGAGCUUUAACCCCUCCAGAGUCUCCACUUCUACAGCUGAUUUCCCUCCAGAAGGCAGAUGGUUCCUGGGAACUGGAUGAAGCUCUGACUUCAGUCCUGGGUGUGAGUGUUCAGGCUGCACUGGCUGCAUUGCCUGAUCAGAGUAAAGAUGUCCCAAGCUGGGCCACUAUCUUGGCUGUGCUGUGGCUGCACAGCAGCUUUUGGGGCCAGAGAGAAGAAUGGGAACUUCUGGAAAAGAAGGCUGUGGCAUGGAUCCAGGCUCAUUCUGACUCCUCCCUGGGUGAAUGUAUUGAAGCUGCCAAUGCUCUUCUGAAAUCCUCUGUGGAUCCUGCAGUCUUUGGCCUGUGAGAGUAGAGAUGGAAGAUUUUAAGAGUUUAUCUCUGGCUGCUUCUCCUUAGCCUCUCUGCUGCUGAGAGCUCUUGGUGUGCUUCCCUUCCCAGUUAUGGCUCAUUUCCCAUAGGAAGUAGUCAGUCAGAUUCAGUUUGUUUUAAUUCAGGUAUUUCUUUAGUGCCCUGCUCUGGGCUGGACACUGCUAGGAGCUAGCAUUACAGAGACAAAGAUGAUAGUCCCCUCACACAAGCAGCUUGCAUUCUUCUGGGGAAAGCAAGAAGUUUACAGAUCAGCAAAUUCCAAAAUAUGUAAAUUUCAAAAUAAGUAAAAAUAGCUUUUGGGGGAGGCAGGAGAUGAGAGCAAGAAUCCUUCCUGCACCUUCACCUGCCAGUUUUCUGCUUUAUAGUGAGGGUGCAUCCCACCCUAUGAGUCCAGGCCCCAUUCUGACCCCAGUCCUUCUGACUUUGUUCCUUUUCCUUUCCUCCCUUCCUCUCCUGCCUUACCCCUGAAGAACCUCACUCUCCUUCUUAGAGUUGGCCUCAUUUAAUCCUUUUCCAUCCCCCUUCUUCUGCCAUUGUAGCAUCACCCAGUUUUCAAGCAACCUACUUUUUUUUUUUUAAACUUUACCUCCCAUUUUAGAAUCAAUCCAGGUACAAGUUCAAAGGCAGAAGAACAGUAAGGGCUAGGCAAUGGGGAUUAAGUGAAUUGUCCAGGGUCACCCAAUUAGUAAGUAUCUCAAGGCAGAUUUGAACUUAAGUCUUUCUAACUCCAGGUGUGGGACAAUUGUGAAAGACCUCUUUCAAUUCCAGAAACUCUUCCUGAGCACCUGUGCUUAAUUUAUGGAUCCCUUGUUUAUUGAAGGCAGAAAUUACACCUGCUUUUCCCUCUAUAUUAUCCCAAAACAUAUUAAAGAAUGGUUCCCUCGGUUUUAAAUGAGUUAAUGGAGGGCCUAGUUUGAAGCCUCUUGCCUAUAUGCAGGUAGGAAUUUGAUUUUUGAGGACAGAAUGAAAAUAGAUGUGUGUAGGAAUCUAUUGAUGAUUUAUUGUAUAAAGAAUUAGAAUUGCUUGCAUUAAAUGACUUUUAAAAAAUCUUUUGAAACUUUAUUUGCAUACUAACUAGACAAAGAGGUGAGUAGUCAAAGACCCCAAACAAAGGAAGUUAAGCCUAUGCUUAGGGAGAAAGUUUGGGAAGAGACAUCUAAAGCUUCCAACCCACCCGUUCAGCUCUACAUUGGACCAUUCUGAUUCUGUGUGAAGCCUUUCUAUCCUCUACAAGCACUGAUGAACUCUUCUUAUGGGAGCUACUGGAGACAGGGAUUUCUCAAUGGUCAUGGAGGUGGAAGCUUAAGACUUGUUGAAAACCCUUUGCUUUUAUUUAUGAUUCUCUGCUGAACCACAAAUGGUAGUAGGAGUAGACAACUGUGAUGUUGAUGAACAUCUACCCCUCUCUGAAAUGAAGGAAAAGGCCUACCCGGAAUCUUAUGAUCUAUCUUGUCCUUAUCCCCCCACUUGCUUUGUCAUGGAUACUUAAUCUUCUCAGAAGCAUAUUUAUUCCUGAAAAUAUUCUAGUAAUAAGAAUAAGAUAACUUGCCUGUUAGUUCUCUUUGUUUGUAAUGGCAUUUUCUUCCAUUUAGUUAAUAUUGAAUCAUAGUAAUUUUCAUUGGAAGCCUUUAAUAAAAUGUGGAUUUUGAAGGUCAGCCAACUUCCAAGUUAAGGUAAUUUACUUCCGGACCUCAGGCCUCAUCUCACUGGGCUGGCUUUUUUUCAGGGGGAAGGGGAGCUGGCUUCUCUUUUAUCUAUAAACAAGGACUGUCUGGGUGACAAAUCAGCAAGUUCUAAUGGCCAUUUUGGACUACUGUGUCCCAGUCAAAUGAAGAGGACUGAAGGGGAAGGGGUUUGGUGUGUUCCUGAAAUCUGCCUCUUCCUGUGAUAAAGUAAUGAGGGACUUUAAGUUGGGACUUUAAGUCUACCUGCUCUAAGACUUUUCCAAUCAGAAAUGUCUUGAGAUGUCCAAGGGAAAAAAUAAAAAAUACUUCCCUCUCUGACUGCAAAUGCUAACCUUGAAACUGGGAUUUCAAAGUUGUCCCACCUACACUGAGAUGCAAUGUAAUUCAGUCCAAUAAAAUUUAUUAGAGUCUUAGUUUUAUAGGUGCUACCUUUCUUGGGGAAAGAAAUCAUUGUCACCUGCCCUGGUUCUUGAAGUUUUUGUUGUAUGGUAGGCUUACUUUGUCUGGCAGAGCUGAAGCUUGUGGUCCCCUUUGGUAGAGUCAUGCUGACUUAGAAGGGUAUAAUUUCCCUUCAUCUUUAGAAUUUUCACAUUCAAUUUCCUAUUUCUCCUUAAUAAAUCUGAAGAAGAGUCAGGUCUAUUGUCAGAGAAGUGGAGGGAGAAUGUAAAACAGAAAAGAAAAGAGUCUGAGUAUAGUACUCCCCUUGUAGGUCAUUUGGAUUGAUCUUAGAGCAAGGUACCUACCCAUUACUUCUGUCCUCUGAAAGACAACCAUCAGAUUCCCUCAUUCUAAUUUCACAACUAUCCUUUUUGCCUUGGGGAAACAACUUGAAUGUCUUUUCUAAUUUCAAAAACUUUUAAAAGGAAUGCCCAAAGAUUUCUGCAAAUUCUGCUUAUUUUAAGAGAUUUUAGAAGUUAACUUUUUUUUCAAAUUAUUACUUCUCUGUAUGUUUCUUUAAUAUUUGAAAGGCAAAAAAUCAUCUUGUUUUUUGAGAAA